GCGGAAGCCAACCCGUUGCCCUCUACAAUUAUGUUGAUGGACGCACUGGCUUUCACAUGCCAACGCAAUACGUUGCGAGACUUCCUCUUCCACACACUCCUUUGGUCGAGUCCGUAGCGGCACCUUAUGGAUAUGUCCCAGGGAACAGUCUUGUGCCGUCUGCCUCUGCCUUGUCAGCGACUGCGCCUGCGUUGGGUACCGGCUACGACGCGACACCGCAUUCUGCCAUCUGGCCUGCGGCUAUACCUUGUUGCACCGUGGCGCCCACCACCAACUCCUCCCUACUUGCUGCGUGGCCGCCAGCUGCACCUGUGCGCGCUUCUGGGCUUGUACAGAGCUACGGUGAUACUCCUCUUCCCGACGGUGAUGAUGCCGUCACAAGUUCGGCGACGGAUCAAGAAGGAACCGAGGAUUUAAUCGUGGAAGUCUCUUCGGACGAGGAAGAUGGCUCCGCGGUUGGAGACGGCGAGCAUGUCGACGUCCUCCCAGCAGUUGGUACCACAGAGCCUCCGUCGACGUGUGGACCAACAUUGGAGCCGGUGCACCUUUGGUGCCAUCUCAAAGACCACCCAGUGGUGUGCACUCUUUGGAGCACUACGUCCUUGGAGGACAUCAAUGCAACGGGCACGCAGCCGAGCUCUUUCCUGGAUGCGCAGUGCAAGCUACAGAGUUGUCACGGGCAGAUCUGCGCACCUUGCCCCAGCUUGCUGCUCACUGCGCAUCUGGGUGACUUUGGCAGAGCCCUGCGCAAACUUCUGGCCCAGGAGGAAGCUUCUCAAGGUAUGCUGAAGGUGUUGAAGCUCGCGAUCAUGCACUUCAACGACCUCAAGCGCGAGACCGACUUCAAGGAGCCCGAGGUGAUGAGGGCAUGUGAAGAUGGUACUUUUGUGUCCCCGCCAGUGGGACUAUCGGACUACCUUUGCGAGCCUGGCUACGCUUCGUCACCGUCGUCUGCUGAUUCGGAGGAGGACGACACCGCCAAGGAUCACGACACCGCCGAGGAGGACGGUGAAGUUGAGGGCGAUGAGGACUACAUCGAGGGCUCUGACCAAUUCACGGGUAUCCCAGCACCCAAGGAUAGGAGCGCUCUCAAGCGCCAAUGUGCCGCGCCAGUCGUGGAGCAAGAAGACGAAGCUGGCUCUGUUUUCAACCUUUUGGACGUACCGCCGGCUUCAUCACCGGUCCAUUGCGCCGUCAAGCGUUUGCGUUUCGCCUUGCCCCUCGAGAGCGAAACAAGAGCCAGCUUCGAUCCGGCGGCGUCGUCUUCGUCCUCCUUUGCUUCCCAAAGCGGUCACUUGCUCACUGGAGUGGCUGCGUUCUCACCCGUGCCAACCCGUCGUCCUUCUCCGACGUCAGCACCAGGCGCGCUGUCCUCUCGCUCGUCUGCUACGGUCCCAGGAUCGGCGUCACGCCCAUCUGGUGCGCCAGUCGGACCGGCGUAUUGGGCGCAGGUGGAAAUCCGUGGCGCCAAGACCAUCGCCAAAGGUGCUAAAGUCGCGCUUGCUCCGCAGCAGCCCAAGACUUUCAUCAGUCCCUCGUUCGUUGAGAGUGCCAACAUGAGGCGUCUCUUAGGCUCGCAGAUGGCGAAGCCAUUCGUCAAGCUCCCCAUCAGCUUCAGCAGCUGGCGCCCCUCGUCCACCGGGAACGUGCAACGCACCAGUAAGCUUGCCCGCGCUGCGCAAUACGACUCCAACACCUUCGAGGCGAGCCCCCCUCUCGUUGCAUCGGAGGCAUGCGCAACGGCGCACGGGUUUGCGUUCGUCCUCGGCGCCGACUUUGUUCAAUACAACAAGCUUGCCGUUGCCGUCGACAGCUCUGGUGCGCUGCGCGUGACCAACCUUCAAGGCGACAUGGUCCUUUUCAAGGCUCUCCACGGCUAG